UGUGGUUGUAGUAGUGCUGCUACGGAUCUAUGCCGCUUGGUCCCCUCAGCCGAUGCCUGGUGAGUUGGGGCCAGUACACGACACGCUUCUACAAGACAAGCACCGUCACGUUCGCGUUCACGCGCGUUAUCGUGAGCACCACCACGAGGAAUUGGAGUGGGAGCAUUUUCAGAUGCUGUUUGUGAAUUUUAUUUGUAUAACUAUUUUAUUAAAUGAGAUAAGUGAAGAAAGAGAGAGAAAGAUAAAGAGUGAGUGAGAAAGUUUGAGUUUUGAGGACGAAAUUUUACCGGCAAUAUUAUUUGUUAAGAGUGUGAGUGAUAAGAGGGAUGAGUUGUUUUAUCUAAAUGCUGAGGAAGGGGAGACAGUCCAAGACUUGGAGUACCAGUUUUCGUGGACACGUGAUGAGAGUACUUGGGUUUUAUUUUUAAAUUGUGAUUUUUAGUUAGAUAAAUAUUUGUGAAUUUAAUUUAUUUUUUAGUGACGUUUAUGAGUAUAAUUACGAUAAAUAUAUUGUAAUUUAUUAUGAGUAAUUUAUUUUAUUAAAAGUAUUUAAAGUAAAGUGGACAGUGACUGUGUUAACUAAACGACUUAUCUACAAGUGUUUUAUUUUUUGUCGUGACAGUGACUAGUGACAGUAAAAGUGUGUAUCAUCUAGGAUCAAUUGUUUAUCGCGAGUGUGAAAAUAAAUAAAUCCGAUGACUUAAUUAUAAAAAAGAGUUAAAAAAUAAAUAAUAAAAAAAAAAAGAAUUUUUUGACUAAAAAGUUAAAACAAAAAUUAAAACUGUCACCGAGCACGAAAUUGCAGCCGUUGCAGCUGCAGCCCCAUAAUCAUCAUCCCCAGGAUCAGUACCGGUACUACCAGAGCCAGCAGCACACCGUCGGACGAUUAAAUUCGCUGGUGGCUGAGGAUGACGUAGAUCCGGAGAGCGCGACGGGCGUAGACAGGGGUCUAACACUACGCACGGUGUACGCGCUGGACAGAAGCACUUCGGGGCUGGGGGUGGUAGGGGGUGUAGUCGGUGGAAUCGGAGUCGGGGGUGGUCCGGGGAUUGGAAUCUGCGGGCCACCUACCGGGUCCCUGACGCCGACGGAUUACGUUGCGGCGGCAGCGGCAUGCUAUCCAUCAGCAGCCUCGACAAUCACCCUGAGCAGUCCGAUAACUCACCCCCAGGCCCCGUCCGGCAUCGUUGACACCACCAACACAACAAUGACACCCACCUCCGCAUCCGCGGCCCCUUCAUCCGCGGGCCCAAACAACCCCGUGACCAUGAGCCAGCUCGGGACUGUUUACGCCACCAAGCGACGACGAAGGAACGGCAAAAGUUUGAAGCCGCCGCAGAAGGACGGAGUCACUAAAUCUAACCCCAGCAAAAGACAUCGCGAAAGAUUGAACGCUGAAUUGGAUACUCUGGCAUCUUUGUUGCCAUUUGAACAAAAUAUUCUUAGCAAACUCGAUCGACUCAGUAUUCUUAGGCUCAGUGUCAGUUAUUUACGUACCAAGAGCUACUUUCAAGUUGUGAUGCACAAAGACAAAGAAGAAAACUCACAUCGAGAUUCCCACUAUCGGGCCAGAGAAAUGGCAGCAUUGGCAGCUUACGAUCAUCAUCAUCUGGACGGAGAAAUGUUUCUACAGGCACUCAAUGGUUUCUUGUUGAUAUUAACUUGUGACGGGGAAGUGUUUUUUGCAACGCACAGCAUAGAAAAUUACCUCGGAUUCCAUCAAUCUGACAUAGUCCAUCAAAGUGUCUACGAACUAGUCCACAGCGAAGACCGGGAAGAGCUACAACGUCAACUAAUGUGGAAUUCUUUUUUACCAUCCGAAAGCUCAAACUUACCCCUUCACGAUGCACUCUCGAUCCAGCAUAGCCAUCUGCUGGAACGGAGCUUUACCGUCCGCUUCCGUUGUCUUCUAGACAACACUUCCGGCUUCUUGAGAUUAGACAUUAGGGGGAGAGUGAAAGUACUGCAUGGUCAAAAUAGAAAGACGGAAGAGCCUCCGCUGGCGCUGUUUGCUCUCUGUACCCCUUUUGGACCUCCUUCGUUGCUCGAAGUACCGCAGAAAGAAGUUAUGUUCAAGAGCAAACACAAACUGGACUUUGCGCUGGUGUCGAUGGACCAACGGGGAAAGAUGUUGCUGGGUUACUCAGACGCAGAGCUAACGAAUCUUGGCGGCUAUGAUUUAGUUCACUACGAUGAUCUCGCAUACGUCGCAAGUGCUCAUCAAGAACUUUUGAAAACCGGCGCCUCGGGCAUGAUAGCCUAUAGGUAUCAAAUGAAAGACGGCGGCUGGCAAUGGCUGCAGACAAGUUCCCGACUAGUUUACAAAAAUUCAAAGCCGGACUUUGUCAUCAGUACUCACCGCCCUUUGAUGGAGGAAGAAGGUCGCGAUCUACUGGGGAAACGUACGAUGGACUUCAAAGUGAGUUAUCUAGACGCAGGCCUGACCAAUAGUUAUUUCUCAGACAACGACAGUCUGACAGGGCCAUCAAUGACGCCAACGUUGCCAGCCCAACCGACACCUCAGCGAGUGAAUCGUCGUUACAAGACUCAACUUCGUGACUUCCUGUCGACGUGUCGGAGUAAGAGAACCAAGUUGGCCAAUCAAUCCUCGGGUUCGCCACCUACGACACCCACAGUCGCAUCGGUCGACUAUUUAACAGCGGACACAAGUGCUGCUGCGGCAGUUGCCGUGGCGUACAGCAACCUCAAUACCAUGUAUCCGACUCCGUACGCUCCGGCAGCAGUCGCAGCAACCACGGAUCCAUCUCUGACGACGUACAUCGGUCACACGGGAAACUAUCACCAGACUCUGUAUCCAGCGACGGCUCUGGACAAUCGUUACCUCACCGCGACAGAGAAUUUGUUCCAGUAUCGUCCUUUGGGGUCUUACUAUCCCGACUAUCACACAACGACGGCCUACAACGGGUUCAUCGAUGUCUCGCUGCCCACGUACGACACUCACCAGCUGGCGAGCAGUAAAACAGAGGAACGCUUGUACUGCCAGCAGCUAGAGUCUCCCAAAUACAGUUACGUGGACACGCGGCAUCCCAACAGCGUGAGCGGCUCGCCUUAUGCACCGAGUCCUGUCACAGCGACUCCGUUGCAUCAAAACCCAGACAUCAGUGUCGUUAGAGCCGGCAGCAGACACUCCUUAGAAGGUGCGUCCUCGAGUAAUUCAGCCGGCAGUUCACCAGUGACAGCUGCCAAUGGGGUUCGCACGCCCAAAAUGGAAGACGUUAAGCCUGACGUCUACGGCAGUGAAGCUCCAAGACAAACAGUUCUCAUGUGGGGUCCGCCACCAAGGUCUCCGCCGAAAAACAAUGGAAGCUAUAGUCCACCCACGCCUCACUCGACCCACUCGUCACACUCGAAUACGAACCCCGGGAAUGUCGGCAAUGAUCCACUCAAAUCACUGGCCGAAAUGAACUCAAUAAACGGCGACUGCAAGUGGAAACAGACCUCGCCCAACGGGGGCCAGCAGCAAGCUCCGAGUCCACCGAGAGGAAAAAAUCACCAGCAGCACCAGCAGCAGCAGCAGCAACAGCAACAACAACAGCAACAAAAUCAGUAUCCUGUAACUAGUCACUACGGCACAUCCGGUGGAUACUCGCAUCACCAAGGACACGCUCAUGGGGAGACGGGCGCCGAGGUAUGGCAAGGAGUGCAACAUCACCAUCACUACCAGUACUAUCCCUACCACCAUCACCACCCCGCACCACCAAGGCACACGCCCCACACGUCACCAUCGUCAGCGGGAACGGGGACGGACUUAGCAGGCUCGGGCAUGGACAUGCCCCAGGAACACAGCAGCAGCAACAGCAACAACAACAACACCACCACCACCAACAACAACAACAGCAGCAACAACAACAUCAACAUCAACGCAUUGUAUCAUCCGUCGCAUCACGCAGCCUCAUCGGUUGCCACAAUAGUGCCAGCUGCCUCUCAGAUACCAAACCGGACGCCGGGAGUCCUCUGCUGUCCAUCUCUGAGGUGACCAACACCCUCCUCAACCAGUAGGAAGCCGAGCACCUCAUACCUGAUCCCCCUCGAGGAUUGCAAUAAAAAAAGUCAUUCAUUUGACUCGACAUACGUCAGCGCGUGUCAGCAAUUAACUCUGAAAACUCAAUUUUAAUUAUAACAUAAAUAUAAAUAUAAAUAUAAAUAAAUUCAUUAAUUUAAUAAUUUAAUGUUAAAUACUUUCGCUUGCCGACCAACCGGUUCGCGGUUUAUUUUUUUUUGUAUAUUUUGAAAUUUCGCGGUAAUUUAAUUUUGUAAAAUAAAAUUUAUUUAUGCCUCUAUUUAAAAAUUUAUCUGCUGCACAAAAAAUGAAGGAUAUUUAUUGUUUUUAAAAGCAGUUUACUCUGUACAGAGGCUAGUUGAGUAGCGAGAUUGUGAGAUAGUUAUAAUUACAACUGAUUUUAAGUAAUGAAGUUAUUUAAGUUAAGUAAAAAUUAAUUUAAAGUAACAAACGUACGAAAUCUCAGUUUAAAUUUAAAAUAAAAAAAAACGUAAAUGAUUAUUCUGUACAAUAUAUUAUGCUUGUAUAAUUUUUCUACAGAAAAAAAAUACGUAUUCUGUGAUAUGUGUGAUUAUUUAAACACAAUAAUCGUCAGAGACGUACAUAUAUAUAUUGUAAUAUUUAUUAUUAGAGUGAAAGCAAAUAAUUAUUAAUUAUUAUUAUUAUUUUGUUAGGAAAAUUACGUAAAAAAGCUGUAUCGAUUUUAGUUUCAAUUCUCAAUUAAUAUAUUUAAUUAUUUAAUUAAAUUUGUGUAGCUUGCGGAUUGUUGAAUUUGUUUAAUUAUUUUUAUUUAAUUUUUUUUUCCAUUUAAAUUGUUUUGUUAGGGAAGGCAUCAGUUGCCUGCAUUGUUUCUGCUGAAAGUAUCAAAUGCCUACAAUAUUUAUCGUAGAUUAUAAAUGUUUACUGGUCAAUUUCUUACUGCUCAGUUGCCUUCUAAAUUUUUUUUCUACGGUUCUAUUGCCUACGCAAAUAUAAAAUAUAUAAUUUAAUUGCGGACAAAAAUUAUUGCAAUGUUCUAUUGCCUACGUAAAAAUAUUUCAUGAUGUUCAAUUGAUUACUAUUUAAUUGUGAACCCAAAUCAAAGAAAUAUCUAAUUAAUGUCGAUAAGCUCCUGAUUUAUUUGCUGAGAAAAUCUUGUAGUUGUUGAGGAGAAAUGAUCGACGUUUAAGACCGAUCACUUGAGAAAAAAAACACAGCUGAUCGGUAAAAUAUCAGAAUCACGGUAGUCUUCACAAUCCCUAUCAAAAAGCUCCCAUAGAUUCUCCUCAAAUGGGUCAAAGACCGCAUGGGAUCCAAUAGACGUAUCGAUUUCUAUGCGGAUUUUGAUCCAUUUGAGUGGAUUCUAUGGGAACUUUUUGAUAGGGAUAGUAACUGAAAAACUUGACAGAGUUUUCUAUUAGAAAUUAGUGACCUGAUCAGGUCAUUUCCUCCAUCGACUAUGAGAUUCAACCCAGUAUCUUAUUAUGGACCGGCGAGUUAUACUUUUGUGAAGACUACCGCGGUUCUGAUAUUUUACAGAUCAGCUGUAUUUUUUUUCUCAAGUGAUCGGUCUUGAACCUCGAUCAUUUCUCCUCAACAAGUACAAGAUUUUCUCAGCAAAUAAAUCAGAAGCUUAUCGACAUUAAUUAGAUAUUUCUUUGAUUUGAGUUCACAAUUAAAUAGUAAUCAAUUGAACAUCAUGAAAUAUUUUUAAGCAGGCAAUAGAACAUUGCAAUAAUUUUUGCCCGCAAUUAAAUUAUAUAUUUUAUAUUUGCGUAGGCAAUAGAACCGUAGAAAAAAAAUUUUAGUAGGCAACAGCAGUAAGAAAUUGACCAGUAAACAUUUAUAAUCUACGGAAAAAUAUCGUAGGCAUUCGAUUGUAGGCAACUGAUGCCUUCCCGUUUUGUUAAAUUAUUUAAUUGAUUGAUUGAUUGGAACAACUCAGUCUUGCCAAUACUAAUUUUGUUUUUAUUUGUUAAUAAGUUUGUAAUUUUUUGUACUUAAUUAAUUUAUACACUAUUUAUGCAAAUGUCUUUUUUUGUGUUCAAUGCAGCUAGGUGAGCCUUCCAUAUCUAUUAUUAUAAUUAUAAUUAUUAAUUAUUAAUUAUUGAUAGUCCUCAUUUGCAAAGCCAAAGGAAUUAUAAUUUGGAGUAAAAAUUUAUGAAAAAAAAAAUUUAUUUGUAGAAAAAUCGUCCAUUACUAAAAUUAUAAUAUUUAUAAAUAAUUAUAAAUUAAAUGAGUACUGUAAGAAAAAGUUGACUUUGCAACUGAGUGCAAUAAAUUUUUAUCAUCGACCUUUUCGUUAUCUUUCAAACUCUUCUAACAACUGCAAUGUUGCAUAAAAAAUAUAAAUAAAUAAAUUAAUUAAUUAAAAAAAAAAAAUAGUAAUAAGAAAUCAAGUCUAGUCCAUGUAUGAUGCGAAUUAGUAGUCGUAUGCUCGUGAAAAAGUUUACGAUUUUUAUUUAAAAUCAGACUUUAAUAACAAGAGCAUAAAAUGUAUAUUAAUUGUAUAUUUAUAUAUUCAAUUUAAAAUUAUUAUUAAUAUUAACUGUAGGUGACAUUUAUCAGCAGAGAAAAAAAAUUUGAAUUAAUUAGAGAAAAAAACAGCUGUCGGAAUGAAAAAAAUUACGACGCAUCGAGAUCUCAGUACUGUGUGAAUUGUCUCGAAAAAAAUUAUAUUUUUAUUUCAAUGCUAGUUAUCAUUACGUUUAAAUGUACAAUCCCUUCCAGCGAUGCGGCAUAAAUUAAAUGAAAAUAUUUAAUUACUAAUAAAUAAUUUAAAAAAAAUAUAAAUAAAUGCUUAGACGUGUCACUCGGUGACUAAUGACAUAUCAUUACUCUCGUAAUUAAAAUAAAUUUUCCUAUUUGACGUUAAAGUUUUACUUGUAUUGAUAUUUAAAUAAAUAAAAUGUAUCAUCAUGCCAAACAAUUUAAAAAUAAUAAUUCGACGAUUAAAUUCUUAUGUUUUAAAUAUCUGAGUAAGUAGAAUAUUUUAGCGCUAAAAUUAAAAC